CGAUCAAUUCUCGGUUGCUUUGAGAAUUGAUCGGUUCUCAGAAUCCUCAUUUCCUGAAAUGCUCCUUUCUUGCUCAACAUGAAGCUCAAGCGAAGGAGAUAUUCUGAAGUGCCUCCCAAAAUCAGAUCCUUCAUCAAUAGUGUCACUUCUGUGCCGCUGGAGAAUAUAGAGGAACCCCUAAAAGAUUUUGCUUGGGAGUUCGAUAAGGGAGAUUUUCACCAUUGGGUUGAGCUUUUUAACCAUUUUGACACAUUUUUUGAGAAGCAUAUAAAACCAAGGAAGGAUUUGCAGGUUGAGGAUAAUUUAGGAUCUGAUCCUCCUUUCCCCAGGGAAGCAGUUCUUCAAAUUCUUCGUGUUAUAAGAAUAGUUUUGGAAAACUGCACAAAUAAGCAUUUUUAUAGCUCUUAUGAGCAGCAUCUUUCAUCCUUGCUUGCAUCAACUGAUGCUGAUGUUGUCGAGGCUUGCUUGCAAACUUUAGCUGCUUUCUUGAAGAAAACAAUUGGGAAGUACUCUGUCAGAGAUGCAUCUCUGACUUCCAAGUUAUUUGCUCUUGCACAAGGUUGGGGGGGAAAAGAGGAGGGCCUAGGAUUGAUUGCAUGUGCUGUUCAGAGUGGAUGUGAUACGGUUGCUUGUGAUCUUGGGUGUACUCUCCAUUUUGAGUUCUAUGCAUCAAAUGAGUUCUCUUCCUCGGAACAGUCUACCCAAGGUUUACAAAUUAUUCAUUUACCUAACAUCAACACUUAUCCAGAGACUGAUUUGGAACUCUUGAAUAAUUUAGUUGCUGAAUAUAAGGUACCAACCAAUUUAAGAUUUUCUUUAUUGUCAAGAUUGCGAUUUGCAAGGGCUUUUGGCUCUUUAACAUCUCGGCACCAGUAUACACGUAUUCGCUUGUAUGCCUUCAUUGUUCUUGUUCAGGCAAGCAGUGAUACUGAUGACCUUGCGUCUUUCUUCAAUAAUGAGCCUGAGUUUGUCAAUGAGUUGGUUACUUUACUGAGUUACGAAGAUGCAGUUUCUGAGAAAAUUCGAAUUUUAUGUCUGCUUUCUUUGGUUGCUCUUUGUAUAGACCGAUCCCGCCAACCGACAGUAUUAACAGCUGUCACAUCUGGUGGACACCGUGGCAUUCUGUCCAGCCUCAUGCAGAAAGCCAUUGAUUCUGUUAUUACCAAUUCGGCAAAAUGGUCUGUUGUGUUUGCUGAGGCUCUGCUCUCUCUUGUCACUGCAUUGGUUUCAUCAUCAUCAGGUUGCUCGGCCAUGCGUGAAGCAGGGUUUAUCCCUACCCUUCUACCUCUGCUGAAAGAUACCGAUCCUCAGCAUCUGCAUUUGGUUACUUCAGCAGUCAAUAUUCUGGAAGCCUUUAUGGAUUACAGUAAUCCUGCAGCUGCUUUGUUCAGAGACCUGGGUGGUUUAGAUGAUACAAUCUCUCGCUUAAAACAUGAAGUGUCUUAUGUGGAGAACAGUCCAAAGCAACCAGCUGAAGACUCUGAUUGGAGCGGGAGGAGUUCGCAAGUAGUAUCAGCCGUAUCAACUGAGCUUGACAAUACGCAGCCUUUGUAUUCUGAAGCAUUAGUUUCCUAUCAUCGACGUCUACUCAUGAAAGCUUUAUUACGUGCUAUAUCUCUUGGAACAUAUGCCCCUGGAAACACUGCACGUGUUUAUGGAUCUGAGGAAAGCUUGUUGCCACAAUGCUUGUGUAUCAUAUUUAGACGAGCAAAAGAUUUUGGUGGGGGAGUUUUUGCACUUGCAGCAACUGUCAUGAGUGAUCUCAUUCACAAGGAUCCAACCUGCUUUCCUGUCUUAGAUGCUGCUGGUCUUCCAUCUGCCUUCCUAGAUGCGAUAAUGGAUGGUGUGCUCUGCUCUGCAGAAGCCAUAACAUGCAUACCUCAGUGUUUGGAUGCGUUCUGUCUUAAUACUAAUGGUCUUGUGGCUGUGAAAGAUCGCAAUGCUUUGAGGUGUUUUGUCAAGAUUUUUACUUCUAGAACAUAUUUGCGAUCUCUUACCGGAGAUACUCCUACUUCAUUGUCAAGUGGCUUGGAUGAACUUAUGCGUCAUGCUUCUUCAUUGCGUGCACCUGGAGUGGAUAUGGUGAUUGAGAUCUUGAAUGUCAUAUCGAGAAUAGGAUCUGGGGCUGACACUUCUUUUGCUGCUGUCUUCCUCCCUGUUCCUAUGGAAACUGAUGCGGUAGAGAGGAAUCUGAUUCAGCCAGAUGACAGGGAAUCUUCAAGGUUGGAGAGUUCAGAGCAGAUCUCUGAGCCAUCUUCGGAUACUUCUUCAAUGAAUAUUGAAUUGUUCCUUCCUGAUUGUAUAAACAAUGUGGCCCGUCUUCUUGAAACCAUUCUUCAGAAUUCUGAUACGUGCCGUUUGUUUGUUGAAAAGAAAGGGAUUGAUGCUGUCCUACAGUUGUUUACCUUGCUAUUGCCUCUUUCGGCAUCGGUUGGACAGAUCAUUUCUGUUGCCUUCAAGAAUUCACCUCAGCAUUCUGUAUCUCUGGCUCGGGCAGUUUGUUCAUUCCUAAGAGAACAGCUGAAGUCAACAAAUGAACUGCUAACUUCUAUUGGAGGAACUCAGCUAAUCACUGUUGAAACUGAAACUCGGACUAAGGUUUUGAGAUCUCUUUCUAGUCUUGAAGGUAUAUUGUCUCUUUCCAAUUCUUUGAAGGGCACUACUAGUGUUGUCUCUGAGUUGAGCACUGUAGAUGCUGAUGUAUUGAAAGAUCUUGGGAGGGCAUACAGGGAAAUAAUAUGGCAAAUUUGUUUGUCUAAUGAUACCAUGGCUGAUGAGAAGCGGAAAGCUGAUCAAGAAAGUGGAAGUACUGAUAUAGGUCCAAAUGCUGCUGGAAGAGAAAGUGAUGAUGAUGCAAGUAUCCCAGCAGUGCGAUACAUGAACCCAGUUUCUAUUAGGAGUGGUUCUCAGUUUCUGGGUAGUGCUGAACGAGAGUAUCUUUCACUUGUUCGUUCUAAUGAAAGUUUGCACCGUCGUAGUCGACAUGGUUUGUCACGUUUAAGGGGUGGAAGGAAUGGUCGACAACUGAAUGCUCUUAAUAUUGAUUCUGAAACUUCUCAUAGUUUGCCAGAAACGUCACCUGUCCAGGAUUUGAAAACAAAAAGUCCUGGCCUUCAAGUGAUAGAAAUUCUCAACAAGCUUGCCUUCACAUUACGGUCCUUUUUCACAGCUAUCGUUAAGGGGUUUACCUCACCUUACCGUCGUAGAGCUGAUGCCGGUUCAUUAAACUCAGCUUCAAAGACUCUUGGUAUGGCGCUGGCUAAACUAUUUCUUGAGGCACUGGGUUUCUCUGGGUAUUCUUCUUCAGGACUUGAUACAUCACUGUCAGUCAAGUGUCGAUACCUUGGGAAAGUUGUUGAUGACAUGGGAGCAUUGACAUUUGACAGCAGGCGGCGUACAUGUUACACAGGAAUGGUUAAUAAUUUUUAUGUCCAUGGAACUUUUAAGGAGCUACUUACCACUUUUGAAGCUACUAGUCAGUUAUUGUGGACGUUACCCUACUCUAUCCCUACACCUGGAAUUGAGCAUGAAAAAGCAAGUGAAACAAAUAAAUUGUCCCAUGGUACAUGGCUGCUUGAUACAUUACAAUGCUACUGCCGUGUGCUUGAAUAUUUUGUUAACUCUUCAUUGUUAUUGUAUGGGAAUUCUGCAUCUCAAACUCAGCUGCUUGUUCAGCCAGUUGCUGCUGGUUUGUCAAUCGGACUCUUUCCUGUUCCUAGGGACCCAGAAAUUUUCGUCCGAAUGCUGCAGUGUCAGGUGCUGGACGUGAUUCUACCUAUCUGGAACCAUCCUUUGUUUCCUAAUUGUAGUCCUGGUUUUGUGGCUUCUGUUUCUAUUAUCAUGCAUGUAUACUCGGGCGUUGGCGAUGUGAAACGAAAUCACACCAGUGUUGCAGGAAGUACAAAUCAACGUUUCAUGCCCCCACCACCUGAUGAAGGAACCAUUGCUACCAUUGUUGAGAUGGGGUUUUCAAGGGCUAGAGCAGAGGAAGCCCUGCGACGAAUUGAAACAAAUAGUGUUGAAAUGGCCAUGGAAUGGCUGAUUAGUCAUGCUGAUGAUCCUGUGCAAGAGGAUGAUGAACUAGCUCGAGCACUUGCUUUAUCACUUGGAAAUUCAUCAGAGACAUCCAAAGUUGACAGUGUUGAUAAGCCAAUGGAUGUCAUGAAAGAAGAAGGGCGACCUGCAGCUCCUCCAAUUGAUGAUAUCCUCAAUGCAUCUGUGAAGUUAUUCCAGAGUAGUGAUAACAUGGCAUUUUCAUUGACAGACUUGCUUGUUACACUUUGCAAUCGUAACAAAGGAGAAGACCGUCCGAAAGUUCUAUCAUUUCUUAUUCAGCAGCUGAAGCUCUGUCCAUUGGAUUUUUCUAAGGAUUCCACUGCAUUAUGUAUGAUAUCUCAUAUUGUAGCACUGCUUCUUUCCGAGGAUGGAAAUACACGUGAAAUUGCCGGCCAGAAUGGCAUAUUACCUGUUGCUAUUGAUAUAUUGAUGGAUUUCAAGGCUAGAAAUGACUUGGGGAGCGAUAUCACUGCACCAAAAUGUAUCAGUGCUUUACUGUUGAUCUUGGAUAACUUGUUGCAGGCUCGUCCAAAAAUAUUUUCUGAUACGGUGGACGGUACGCAGAUGGUAUCUCAGCCUGACUCAUCUGGGGAGCAUGCUUCUUUGACAAUUCCAGAAUUAAAUACAGAGAAAAAAUCAGCUUCAGAUGCUAAUGAGAAAGAAUCAAUCACUUCAUUUGAGAAAAUAUUGGGUAAAUCUACUGGUUACUUGUCCAUGGAAGAGAGUCAGAAGUUGCUUCUUCUUGCAUGUGACCUAAUCAGACAGCACGUUCCGGCAGUGGUCAUGCAGGCUGUUCUUCAGUUAUGUGCUCGCUUAACAAAAACACAUCCUCUAGCUUUGCAAUUUCUUGAAAAUGGAGGCUUAGCUGCUCUUUUUAGUCUUCCAAGAACUUGUUUUUUCCCUGGUUAUGAUACUGUUGCGUCUGCAAUUAUUAGACAUCUCCUUGAAGAUCCUCAGACUCUGCAAACUGCAAUGGAACUGGAGAUUAAACAGACUUUGAGUGGAAGCAGGCAUGCUGGCCGGGUUUCACCUGGAACAUUUUUGACAUCUAUGGCACCUGUUAUCUGCAGAGAUCCUGAAGUUUUUAUGAAAGCUGCUACUGCAGUUUGUCAAUUGGAUUCAUCAGGGGUUAGGCCCUUUAUAGUUCUGUUGAAGGAAAAGGAGAGAGACAAAGACAAAUUGAAAGCUUCUGGUGCCGAAGUUGGGUUAGCUUCAAAUGAAUCUGUGCGAAUUCCUGAGAGUAGUAAUGAUGGAACAGGUAGGUGUUCCAAAGGCCACAAAAAGAUUCCAGCAAAUCUUGCUCAAGUGAUUGAUCAGCUUCUUGAAAUAGUUCUGAAAUAUCCUUCUGCAAAAGGCCAGGAGGAUGGUGCAACUAGCUUAACUUCAAUGGAGAUUGAUGAACCUGCAAGCAAAGUGAAGGGUAAGUCAAAGCUUGAAGAAACUAGGAAAAUGGAGUCUGAAACUGAAAUAUCUGGGGUUGCGAAGGUGACUUUUGUCCUUAAGUUGUUGAGUGAUAUUCUUUUAAUGUAUGUACAUGCGGUAGGAGUCAUAUUGAAAAGGGAUUCAGAAAUGGGUCAACUCCGUGUUUCUAUUCAAUCGGAUGCAUCUGGCGGCCCUGGCAUUGUUCAUCAUAUUUUGCAUAGGUUGCUUCCAUUAGCUGUUGAUAAGUCAUCUGGACUUGAUGAAUGGAGGGACAAGUUGUCUGAAAAAGCUUCUUGGUUUCUGGUAGUUCUGUGUGGUCGUUCCAGCGAAGGUCGUAAAAGAGUGAUUAAUGAACUUGUGAAAGCCUUAUCUUCUCUCUCAAAUAUAGAGAGCAAUUCAAUGAAUAGCUCAUUGGUGCCUGGCAAAAAGGUUUUUGUUUUUGCUGAUUUGGCAUAUUCAAUUUUGUCAAAGAAUUCAUCAUCAAGCAACUUACCUGGCACUGGCUGCUCACCAGAUAGCAAAAGCAUGAUUGAAGGAGGAGUGGUUCAAUGUCUAACCAAUAUUCUUGAAGUGAUUGAUUUGGAUCAUUCUGAUGCACCCAAAACUGUAAAUCUGAUGCUUAAGGCUUUGGAAAGCCUGACAAGGGCUGCUAAUGCAAAUGAACAGGUUUUCAAGUUAGAAGGUUCCAACAAGAAGAAGUCUUCAAAUGAAAGACAUACCGAUCAGGUAACUGUAUCUGCUGCUGAGAUAGAGCACAAUCAGAAUGGGGAUGAUCAACCAGCAGUGGUAGAUGCGGGGGUUACUGAACAGCAGCCUCAUCAAGCAACUUCACAAAUUGAAAAUCGCAAUGUUAACCCGAAUGAUCCUAUUGACCAAGACAUGAGAGUUGAAGUGGAGCCUGUAGCUAGCAACAGGCCUGUUGAAAUUGGGAUGGAUUUCAUGCGUGAAGAAAUGGAAGGUGUGUUGCACAAUACUGACCAAAUUGAGGUGACAUUCAGAGUGGAGAAUAGGGCAGAUGAUGAUAUGGGUGAUGAAGAUGAUGACAUGGCAGAUGAUGGGGAUGAUGAUGAUGACGACGACGAGGGAGAGGAUGAUGAUGAUGAUGAGGAUAUAGCUGAAGAUGGUGCUGGAAUGAUGUCCCUUGCUGAUACUGAUGUGGAGGACCAUGAUGAUACUGGCUUGGGAGAUGACUAUAAUGAUGACAUGAUUGAUGAGGAAGAUGAUGACUUCGAUGGCCACCGCGUUAUAGAGGUAAGGUGGAGGGAAGCCCUUGAUGGGUUAGAUCAUCUGCAUGUACUUGGUCAACCUGGAGCUGCAAGUGGUUUGAUUGAUGUGGCUGCUGAACAUUUUGAAGGUGUGAAUGUAGACGAUCUCUUUGGUCUUCGUAGGCCUGUAGGUUUUGAACGAAGAUCUAAUGGUAGGUCAUCCUUUGAUCGUUCUGGUACAGAAGUAAAUGGCUUUCAACAUCCUCUUCUGCUAAGACCGUCCCAGUCAGUGGACUUAAGCCCGAUGUGGUCGUCUGGGGGGAAUUCAUCCAGGGAUUUGGAAGCUCUCUCAUCUGGGAGUUUUGAUGUUACUCAGUUCUACAUGUUUGACGCUCCUGGUAUGCCAUUUGAUCAUGCACCAAAUAGUCUAUUUGGUGAUCGAUUGGUUAGUGCAGCGCCCCCACCUUUGACUGAUUAUUCUGUAGGCAUGGACUCAUUGCAUCUGCAAGGGAGGAGGGGGCCUGGUGAUGGACGGUGGACUGAUGAUGGUCAGCCACAAGCAAGUGCUCAAGCCGCAGCAAUUGCACAGGCUGUAGAGGAACAGUUUAUCUCAUUGCGCAGUACGGCUCCAGCCAACAAUUUAGCAGAAAGGCAGUCACAAAAUUCUGGAAUCCAGGAGUCAAACCCAGAUGCUCCUCCAUCAAAUGAUGGCAAGGCUGUGGUAGAGGGAGACAAUGCCAGUAGUGAGCAGAGUGAACAUCAGCAGCUGGAAAAUGACCAUGGAAUUUCACAUGAACUUAAUCCAACAGAUGAGCAGGAUAGCAUGGAAAUUGGAGACGGCAAUGGCACACCUGCUGAUCAAGUAGAGCAAAUUUCCGAAAUGGUUAACUUGCCUGAGGGGGAUUCUGCUAUGCCUGGAAACCUCUCACUGCAGGCCAUGGGCGAUGAUGUAUUGUCAGGAGAAGAUGGUCAGGCAGGUAAUUGUAGUUUGACAGAUUCUGGUUUGGAGAUGCCUAACCCAGGGGAUUUUAAUGGGUCUUCACUUCAUGAGCGUAUAGAUGUUGACAUGAAUACUACUGAUGCUGAAGGGAACCAAACUGAAGAACCAGUUCCUCCUGAAAUUGGGGCAGAGGAGCCAGGCAUGCUGGAGUCUCAGGAUGCUAAUCAGGCUGAUCAAGCGAGUGUUAAUAUUGAGGGUCCUGGUUCUAAUGACAUUGAUCCUACCUUCUUGGAGGCAUUACCUGAAGACCUACGGGCUGAAGUUUUGGCUUCACAACAGGCCCAAUCUGUUCAACCACCAACUUAUGUACCACCUUCAGCAGAUAAUAUUGACCCGGAGUUCUUAGCUGCUCUUCCACCAGACAUUCAGGCAGAAGUAUUAGCACAGCAAAGAGCACAGAGAGUUGCACAGCAAGCUGAGGGUCAACCUGUGGACAUGGAUAAUGCUUCUAUUAUUGCCACCUUCCCUGCUGAUCUCCGUGAAGAGGUGCUUUUGACUUCUUCUGAAGCAGUUUUGUCAGCAUUACCUUCUCCUUUACUCGCCGAAGCCCAAAUGCUUAGGGAUAGAGCAAUGAGUCACUACCAGGCACGUAGUCUGUUUGGAGGUAGCCAUAGGCUAAGUAAUCGGAGGAAUGGUUUGGGCUUGGAUAGGCAAACAGUGAUGGACAGGGGUGUUGGAAUUACAUUAGGCAGAAGGCCUGGCUCUACUAUUUCUGAUAGCUUAAAAGUGAAGGAAAUCGAAGGGGAGCCUCUUCUCAACUCCAAUUCUUUGAAAGCAUUAAUUCGCCUUCUACGGUUAGCACAGCCCCUUGGGAAAGGCCUUCUGCAGAGGCUUAUGUUAAAUCUUUGUGCACAUAGUGUUACUAGGGCUACUUUGGUAAAGCUGCUGCUUGAUAUGAUUAGAUCUGAAGUUGAAGGCUCAAGCAAUGGUUUGUCAACAAUUAAUUCCCAAAGGCUUUAUGGUUGCAAUUCAAAUGUUGUUUAUGGUCGGUCACAGUUGUUCGACGGUCUUCCACGUCUUGUACUACGUCGUGUUCUUGAGAUUUUUACGUAUUUGGCUACAAAUCAUUCUGCCGUAGCAAAUAUGUUAUUCUACUAUGAUCUUUCAAUUCUUUCUGAGCCUUUGAGCCCGAAAACCUCAGAAACCAAGAAAGAUAAAGGCAAGGAGAAAAUUAUGCAUGGAGAUGCAUCAAAACCCUUGGGGAACUCUCAGGGGGAUAUUCCUUUAAUAUUAUUUCUUAAGCUCUUGAACAGGCCGCUGUUUUCGCUCAGCACUGCCCAUCUUGAGCAGGUUGUGGGCUUGCUUCAAGUAGUUGUCUGUACAGCAGCAUCAAAAUUAGAAAGCCGGUCAGUCUCUCACGUGACAAUUGACAAUUCGAAUUCCCAGAAACAGCUGAGCAAUGAAGCUUCUGGGGAUGUUGAUAAGGACCUUCCUUUGACAGAACCAGAGUCUAAUCAAGAGAAGCAGACCAAUGCUGAAUCCUCUGGAUCCAAUAGCAAUAAAAAUGUGGAUUUUUAUAGUAUUUUCUUGAAGCUACCGGAAUCUGAUUUGUGCAAUUUGUGCAGUCUUCUUGGUCGUGAGGGACUGUCGGAUAAAGUUUAUAUGUUAGCCGGUGAGGUGCUGAAGAAAUUGGCAUCAGUUUCUGUGACACAUCGCAAGUUCUUUUCCACAGAGCUUUCAGAAUUAGCCCAUGGUUUGAGUCGUUCGGCUGUCAAUGAGCUUGUAACAUUGAGGAAUACACAGAUGCUGGGUCUGAGUGCAGGUUCCAUGGCAGGAGCUGCUAUACUACGUGUGUUACAAGUUCUUAGCUCGCUCACUUCAACCAGUGUUGGUGAUAUGCCAGAGGGUGGUGAUGAUGAACAGGAAGAGCAAGCUACCAUGUUGAAAUUAAAUGUAUCAUUAGAGCCGUUAUGGGAAGAAUUGAGUAAUUGCAUUGGCAUGACUGAGGCACAGCUGGCUCAGAGCUCACUCUGUCCAACUGUAUCAAAUUUGAAUGUUGGGGAGCAUGUUCAGGGAACAUCCUCAUCAUCAUCACUCCCCCCUGGGACUCAGAGACUCCUUCCUUUUAUUGAGGCUUUCUUUGUUAUGUGUGAAAAGCUACAUGCCAAUCUUUCUAUCAUGCAGCAAGAUCAUGUAAAUGUGACUGCGCAAGAAGUAAAAGAGUCUGCCGAAUGUUCUGCUUCCAUACCCUCCAAGAACAUUGGGGAUUCUCAGAAGAAGCUUGAUGGUUCUGUCACAUUUGCAAGGUUUGCUGAGAAGCAUCGCAGACUUUUGAAUGCUUUUGUUAGGCAAAAUCCUAGCUUGUUAGAAAAACAACUGUCUAUGCUGCUGAAAGCUUCUAGGUUGAUUGACUUUGAUAACAAGAGAGCAUAUUUCCGUUCAAGAAUAAGACAGCAGCAUGAACAGCACCUUGCUGGUCCACUGCGGAUAAGUGUGCGGCGGGCGUAUGUUUUGGAGGACUCUUACAAUCAGUUACGAAUGCGACCUACUCAGGAUCUGAAGGGUCGUUUGAAUGUGCAGUUUCAAGGGGAAGAGGGCAUUGAUGCUGGUGGACUGACGAGAGAAUGGUAUCAAUUACUGUCGAGGGUCAUUUUCGACAAAGGAGCAUUACUUUUUACUACUGUGGGGAGCAAUGCAACUUUCCAGCCAAAUCCUAAUUCCGUUUACCAGACUGAGCAUCUUUCUUACUUCAAAUUCGUUGGCCGCGUGGUUGCCAAGGCACUAUUUGAUGGUCAACUUUUGGACGUUUAUUUUACCCGAUCCUUCUACAAGCACAUUCUUGGUGUAAAGGUGACUUACCAUGAUAUAGAGGCAGUUGAUCCUGAUUAUUACAAGAAUCUGAAGUGGAUGCUGGAGAAUGAUGUUAGCGACAUUCCUGACCUGACUUUCAGCAUGGAUGCUGAUGAAGAAAAGCACAUACUUUAUGAAAAAACAGAGGUUACUGAUUAUGAGCUUAAACCGGGAGGAAGAAAUAUCAGAGUUACUGAAGAAACAAAACACGAGUACGUAGACCUUGUUGCUGAUCAUAUCUUGACGAACACUAUUCGUCCUCAAAUCAAUUCCUUCCUUGAGGGAUUUAAUGAAUUGGUGCCACGUGAACUUAUUUCAAUUUUUAACGAUAAAGAGCUUGAGUUACUAAUCAGUGGACUACCUGAAAUCGAUUUGGAUGAUCUAAAGGCCAACACAGAGUAUACUGGUUACACAGCUGCAUCUCCCGUUAUUCAAUGGUUUUGGGAAGUUGUUAAAGCUUUUAGCAAAGAGGACAUGGCAAGGUUGCUUCAGUUCGUCACCGGGACAUCAAAGGUUCCAUUGGAGGGUUUUAAGGCGUUGCAGGGUAUCUCUGGUCCACAGAAAUUUCAGAUUCACAAGGCCUUUGGAGCUCCUGAGCGGCUGCCUUCCGCACAUACGUGCUUUAAUCAGUUAGAUCUCCCUGAGUAUUCCUCGAAGGAACAGCUUCAGGAACGAAUGUUGCUUGCUAUCCACGAAGCUAGCGAAGGAUUUGGCUUUGGUUGAACAGAGUUUGUAUUAACGAAUGAUAUCAAUUUGCCUCAUCUGAUGAAUUUGGCCACUGGGAAGUGGGUUUCAGAUGCUGAAAGAUUUAAUGGAAUUGGAGGGGAGGGGAAUGAAUGGUUUAAUUUGAUUAGUGGAGAGCUUCUAUUCUAAACAAACAAUGAAGAGGAAAAACAUAUUCCUUGUUCUUUGUAGUGUUAAUGAUUGAAAGAUGGGUCUUCCUUGUAAUAUUUUUUCUUAUCUAAUUCUUGAAAAA